AUGGGAGCGAAGUCAGCAAAGCACACGGAAGGGCGUGGCAAGUGGUAUUCGCCUACUUGCCUAUUUAUGCCAAAGUCGCCUCUGGUCAGAUAUCGUCGUAGCACAACUACACAGGCCUUGUCCUCGGUCUCCGAGGGUGAAGCAUCGGAACGUGCUUCGGUUGACUGUCUACUCCUCUUCAUCCAAUACAGUACUUACCAGACAUAA